UAUUGUGCAACAUGUUCAAGACCAAUAAGCGUUUACAGAAACUGAGGAAAGCACACUGCUUUGCGAAAUUAGCCUACAAUUUAUUUGUUGACAGUUUUUAAAGGAAUAAAAAGAUAUUUGCAGGUGUUCCACAGACGAGAUGUCCAUGUUCACGUGCAUCGCAUGCAGGGUGGUGUUUGCAGAGAGUUCUACACAGAGGGCUCAUUAUAAAACAGACUGGCACAGGUACAACCUCAAGAGGAAGGUUGCUGAUCUGCCCCCUGUGAGUGCAGACAACUUCAAGCAGAAAGUGUUGACUGUUCAGCAAUCUCAGGGUGACGGGGACACAAAGCAGUCGCAGGGCUGCACAGCAUGUGGAAAACACUUCAGCUCCCAGAAUGCAUUGCAGAAUCAUCUCAACUCUAAGAAACACAAAGAGAUUGAGGCUCAAAGAAAUACAACUAAGGAAAAGGAGGAAAAUAAACAAAAAUCUAAACAACCAAUCACGACAGAAAAUAAAGUGGUUACUGGGGCAACCAGUGCUGCAAAAGAAGAUGAAGAUAUGGAAGUCAUAGAGACAGACAGUGACAUGGAGUCAGUGAGCAGUUUUGGGGACGAGGAGGGGCUUCCACUGGGUACCUGCUUGUUCUGUAGUCAUGACGACGGGGCCCUGGAGGACAGCCUACGUCACAUGACCCAGGCCCACAGCUUCUUCCUGCCCGACGCAGAGUAUAUCUCCGACCUUGAGGGGCUCAUAACUUACCUAGGCCAGAAAGUGGGUGCUGGGUUUGUGUGUCUCUGGUGCAACCAGCGAGGCAGGAGUUUCCGCUCUGUAGGGGCCGUACAGAAGCACAUGUUGGACAAGGGCCACUGUAAGAUCCUGCAUGACGGAGACGUGGUCCUGGAGUAUGCGGACUUCUAUGACUACAGGAGCAGCUAUCCAGACCACAAUGAGUCUGCAGGGGAGGCGGUGGAGGGUCAGACAGAGGAGAUGGAGGUGGAAGUCACGCCAGAGACACUCGAUGCUGACGGAUAUGAGCUGGUGCUGCCCUCUGGAGCCGUCAUAGGUCACCGUUCCUUGCAGCGUUACUACCGCCAGAACCUGAACCCCCGGACCUCAGAAAGGGGCCGUUCCCUGCUACCCAGAAUGCUUGCACAGUACAAGGCUUUGGGAUGGACUGGGGCCAAAGGACCAGUUGCAGAGAGACGGUGCAAGGACCUAGCCGCAGUGCAGCGAUGGAAGAACCGAUCGUACAUGCACCUUGGGAUCAAGGCCAACAAGUUCCAGCCUCACUUUCGAGCACAGGUCAUGUUCUAAAUCCGGAAAUAUCCAGUGGAAACCUACCUUGGACUGUGAUAGAGACUACCAGAGCUGGCAUGAAUUUACUAGGAUUAAUGCACUUGGAUUGUUCUACUGGGAUCUGUGAAUUUGGAUCACUGCAUGGAUCUUUGUAUUGCGGUCACUGUAUUAGGAUCAUAAUACUGGGAUCACUCUACUGGGAUCAUUUUACUCUGAUCUUUCAUGGAACUUUGCUUUUAGGUCAUUGUUCUUGAAUUUUUUUUACUUAAGUCAUGGAUCACAUUUGUCAGUAGGACAUAAUAUAUUUAUGUAAACUCCAUGGUAAAGGUGUACGUAAUGAUUGAAACUCAAUUGAAUAGAGUACUUUCUGCGGUUUUGGAAAAAUUAUUGAUAAUUGAAAAAAAAAAUUAUAGACAAAAAUAGAACUCAGACUAUAAAUGUAAUUUAAUCAGGAGAAUGCACCAGGAAUAACAAUGUGCUGAAGUGAAUUUACCUAUACAAGAUACCAUGACAGCAUUCAGGCUAAUGAAAUACUUGUGAACCUUUGUAUACAUUAUGCACAUACAAUAAUGAAGAAGUCAUAAUGACAAGUACGUGCAGCAAUAUUUAAUUGAACAGUACCUUGGAAAUCUUGUUUUCAACUGUUAUAUUUACAUGUUAUGGUUAAGGAAGAAAUAAAUAUGCUAAAACUUG